AUGGCCCUCUCCACGGGCCAUGUCGCCAGUCAGCUGCGACACAUUAUUUAUUAUCACAUCGACAACAACCUAAUCCGGAACGCCCUCUUUCUCGCCGAACGCCUGCACGCCUAUGAACCCCGAUCCUUCGAAGCGCAAUACCUACUUUCCCUCUGUCACCUGCAUAAUGGAGAAAUCAAGGCCGCCCUAGAAUUCAGUCAGGCCUCAGGCUCGCGAGGCAUGCAUGCGGGAUGUGCAUAUGUCUAUGCGCAAGCUUGUUUGGAUGUAGGGAAGUACUUGGACGGCGCGACGGCCCUGGAGCGCAGCAAAGCUCUCUGGGCGUCGAAGAAUCACUGGAACAAACACAGCGAAACCCAACGGCAACAUCUUCCAGAUGCCGCCGCGGUAUACUGCCUGCUCGGAAAGCUAUACCAAGCGCACAAGGACUUGAACAAGGCGGUUGAUUGCUAUGUGGACUCUUUAAAACUCAAUCCCUUUAUGUGGGAUGCUUUUCUGGGGUUGUGUUCUACAGGCGUCAAUAUCCGAGUCCCAAAUAUCUUCCAGCUCAGUCCCGAACUUCUCGCCAUCAUUAAUUCCGCCCCGGGCUCCGAGGAAAUCCCUACAGAUCUAUUAUCUCCAACGGGAGGCAGUCUCCCCGCACAGACAACUGGAAACGCGACUUCAGACCCUUUCAUGGUCCCUAAUUCCCGCGCCGAAUCUGAAACCACUUAUGGAAGUUCUGCUCUCUGGGAAAAGCUCAACGGGAGUUCAGUUACUGUCGCAUCGGUACCGGCGCAUGUUAUUCAUGAAGGCAUGGAAACUCCAGGGAAUCAAAGCAGUGGAUCGGGCUCCGAGGAGUUUCGCAUUGCGAACGGUGUUACUGAUCCGGACUCCGCAUGGGAGCCUCCGUUGGCUCCGGCAAGGAAAAACCGCACAAUUCAAACGAUGAGCUCAGAUCACCCUGGUCACCCGCCUCCGAAGAUGCGUCCUACCGGAAUUCGACCAAGACCCCGGCCACGUACUGAGCCAGAGGAGCCAGCACUUGGUCCGGGAGAUCGGGAACCACCACCUGCACCACGUUUCGGAGAUCGUAAACGCACGGUAUCUGGUCAAGUAGCUCACCCCGUAUCUCAACAGCCUGUCGAACCUGGUGCUCCGCAGCGGCGGAGUGUUAGGCUCUUUAAUCAAAUCAAACCUACGACCAGCAAAUUUUCAAGUGCCACCUUGGCCGGGCGAGAUGGCCGUGAAGUGAAAAAGAUCCGAGGCACAACGACGAAAGGACGCACGGGGACAGUUGGCCGUGUUGUUAGUGGCAACCGAAAGCCGAUGGAGUCGUCCGACUAUGAUGGAAAGGAGCCGCGCGCGGCAUCUGUGCCUGUGAGCUCUGGACCCCCACCCCUACCAAAGACAGCCGAAAGAACGAAGGAACUCGAGGCCCUGUACUGGCUUCUCGGCCUCUUCACAAAACUUGCAUCAGGAUACUUCUCGUUGAGUCGUUACAAAUGCCCUGAAGCUGUCUCAUACUUUAAUACCCUUUCACAGGGCCAACGCGAGACCCCCUGGGUACUUGCUCAGCUUGGCCGUGCAUACUUCGAGCAAGCAAUGUAUACAGAAGCUGCCAAGUAUUUCUCCCGCGUUCAGGCACUGGCACCGACUCGACUCCAAGAUAUGGAGAUUUACUCGACAGUGCUGUGGCACUUGAAGAGUGAUGUCGAAUUGGCAUACCUAUCCCAUCAACUCCUGGAAGCGGACCGCCUGUCCCCUCAAGCAUGGUGUGCCAUUGGCAACUCCUUCUCCCACCAACGAGACCAUGACCAAGCACUGAAAUGCUUUAAACGAGCUACCAUGCUGGAUCCCGAAUUCGCCUAUGCUUUCACCCUGCAGGGCCACGAGUACGUUUCUAACGAAGAGUACGACAAGGCACUGGAUGCUUACCGACAUGGAAUCAAUGCCGACAACCGGCACUAUAAUGCCUGGUACGGACUGGGAACCGUCUACGACAAAAUGGGCAAACUGGAGUAUGCCGAGCAACACUUCCGCAACGCCGCAACCAUCAACCCGACCAAUGCCGUCCUCAUCUGCUGCAUUGGUUUAGUCCUCGAAAAAAUGAACGACCCGAAGAAAGCCCUAGUCCACUACGAGCGCGCUUGCUCUCUCGCCCCACACUCCGUCCUAGCACGCUUCCGCAAGGCGCGAGUACUGAUGAAACUGCAAGAAUACAAGUUUGCCCUGGCAGACCUGAAGAUCCUCAAGGACAUGGCUCCCGACGAGGCCAAUGUGCACUACCUUCUCGGUAAGCUGUACAAGAUGCUCCACGACAAGGCCAAUGCUAUCAAGCACUUUACGACGGCCUUGAACCUGGACCCAAAAGCUGCACAGUUCAUCAAGGAUGCGAUGGAGGCGCUGGAUGACGAUGACAUGGAAGACGAAGACAUGGCAUAG